AUGAGCCCCAUUAUCCGACGCAUUGCUGUGCUAUUUGUAUUCACUACCUUUGUCAUCCUUGCCUUUCGCCAACUCAGCGCCCGAAACGGACUCCCUCUGCCAAACUUCACCUCGUCGACCCGAAUCGAUCACGCCGUACAAUGGAAGAGCAUACCGGUGCGAAACCCGGUAUCAUCGCUCGCUCCUCUCCCCACUGGCGCCCCUGUCACCAUCCCGAGAAUUCAACAUGAGUUUGGAAUUGAGACGGAACACACCAAGGCGGAGAGACUGCAUAGACAAGCUGCUGUAAAGAAGGCAUUUUUACACAGUUGGGGAGGAUACAAGACCCACGCGUGGCUGCAGGAUGAAGUCACUCCGGUAACAGGAGGCUUCAAGAACGGCUUUGGACAGCGAGGAGCAACUCUGGUCGACACCCUGGAUACCUUGAUCAUCCUAGGGUUAGAAGAGGAAUUUGAGGAGGCCGUACAUGCCAUCAAGAAGAUUGACUUCACCACUGCAGGUGUCGCGCGUCUGAACGUCUUCGAGACUACGAUCCGCUACCUGGGGGGUCUUCUAAGCGCAUACGAUCUGAGCAAGGCGAAGCACCAUGCAUUACUACACAAGGCGACCGAGCUGGGAGAUAUGCUCUACGCUGCCUUUGACACGCCGAACAGGAUGCCCAUCACCCGAUGGGACUGGGAGAAUGCUGCUCUAAACGGCCACCAAGAGGCCGACACGCAAGCGCUCAGCGCCGAGAUAGGAUCGCUAUCCCUCGAGUUCACCCGCCUGUCGCAGCUUACCGGCGAUGCGAAGUACUACGACGCGAUAGCGAGGAUCACCGACGUGCUCGAAAAGCACCAGAACCGGACGAAGAUACCUGGCCUAUUCCCAAUACUGGUCAGUCCAGGUCGGGAGGAAUACAACGUCGACGGAUCGUUCACAAUGGGUGGCAUGACUGAUUCGCUGUACGAAUACUUGCCGAAGCAGCACUUGCUUCUCGGAGGUCUGACAGACCAAUACCGCAAGCUAUACGAGCGCGCCAUCGAGCCAGCGAAAGAACACUUGUUCUUCCGGCCUAGGAUACCCCAGGGUGAGAACAUUCUCGUCUCUGGCGAUGCGCGAAUUAGCACCUCAGGCUCUGUCAAGCUCGAACCCAACGGCCAGCACCUCGCUUGCUUUACGGGUGGCAUGGUUGCUUUGGGUGCCAAGAUCUUCAAUCGGACGGAUGAGCUAGACGUCGCUCGCAAGCUAGUGGACGGAUGCACCUGGGCUUACGACACGAUGCCCACGGGUAUCAUGCCAGAAACCUUCCGGAUGAUGCCUUGCUUUGGAGAGGAAGAUUGCGCGUGGGAUGUGGAGAAAUGGCAUGCCUCUGUCAGGUACUCCUACUCCAACAACAUCCACGCCGAGCAUUACGACGUUCAAGAUGUCAUCAAGGAGGUGGGACUGCAGCCUGGUUUCUCUAAGAUUGGGGACCCGCGAUUCUUGUUACGCCCGGAAGCCAUCGAGUCAGUCUUCAUACUCUAUCGUAUCACCGGCGACACCACCCUCCAAGACACUGCCUGGCGCAUGUUCGAGUCCAUCAACAACGCCACUCAUGCAGAAUUCGCCCAUUCUGCCAUCGCCGACGUCACGAUACCACAAGGGCAAGAGACACUCAAGUUGGAUGAAUGUGAAAGCUUUUGGAUGGCGGAAACUCUAAAGUAUUUCUAUUUGAUCUUUAGCGAGCCAAGCCUUGUCAGCUUGGACGAAUAUGUAUUAGAGCGUGCUGAGCUUGAAGCAAAGGAGUUUGCGGCGCGAGAAGCAGAAGAGAAGGCAGCCCAAGAAGCUCAAGAACAAGCAGAGCGUGAACUCAAAGCACAGGCUGCUGCAGCGCGUGCAGCGCAAGAAGCAGAAGAACAUGCCGCACAGGAAACCCACGACCGGGCGGUACGAGAAGCUCAGGAGUUUGCAGAACGCGAACUCAGCGAACGCGAUGCCGCAAUGCGCGCAGCACAACACGACACACUAGGCGCUGUAUUGGAAGCAAAAGAGAAAGCAGAGCGCGAAGUCAGAGAGAUGAUUGAGCGUGUGGCCAAAGAGACAAUGGAGCGCGUGAUCAAGGAGACGAUCGAGCGUGUCACUAAAGAAACCGUAGAACGUGUCACCAAAGAGACCGUAGAGCGGGUCACUAGAGAGACUGAAGAACGUGUCACCAAGGAGACCGUCGAGCGUCUCAAAAGGGAAAUGGCAGAGCGUGACGCAAAAGCGGCUACGGAGCAACAAACGCAAGCCUCCACAGAAGCAGAUAAGAUGAACGGGUACAAGAACGAGAAUGAGCUGUUGGAGCCUUCGUCAACGAACACGUCGCCCGUCGAGCCCUCGAUCACCGACAGCUCAGCAAUUCCCAAGGAGGCCAAGAAGAAGGCGACUCGCCCACCAGCCACUUGCUACACCUGCAACGAGGAAGGCCAUUUCGCCCGCGAUUGUCCUAUGAAGCAUGCCAACGCCACCGACGAUAAUCCACCUCUACUUCAUACUGGUACAGAUGCUACGCCGAAGAUCGAAGUAACGAGUAAGCCGCCGCCACCAACGCCUGCACCCGCAAAGCUUGUGGUUAAGCUUCCAGCCUCUCGUAAAGCUAAAGCAAAAGAGGUCGCGAACGACACCACUGCUGUACCUCCGGAGGCCAAUCCACCUUCCAUGGACGCCGCGGCGCCUCAAAAGCCUGCUAAACCAAUCAGAGCGCCAAAGAAGAAAGCUUUACGACCAGCACCUCCGGAGGGCCAAGGCGUUAAUGGCGUCCCUAUUUUGAUUGAUCAACCCAGCAUUCUGCCUCCAACCAACGGUACCGCAAACGUGUCUUUUUCGGGGCAAGCAGGCCAGCCAGCCAAGAAGCCGAAGGUGAAAGGCCCAUUGGCUUGCUAUGUGUGCAAAGAGGUAGGACACAAGGCGAAGGACUGUCCUGCGAAGAGUGAAGGACACAUGUUCAAUGUCGUCAAUUACUGGUAG